ACCAGUGCUACGGCACAUGUUUUGAUUUAAAAUCGCAGAUUCAGAUUUCUGUGUUAUUUAGUCAAAAUGGGCGGACAUCACAAGAAGAACUUGCGUGCGGAGAAGGCGAAAGUGAAAUUGAAGGGCGCCAAGCUGCCCAAGGGCCUCAAUGUGACGAAAACGGACUUUAAGGUGCGCAAAAUAGAGAUACGCGGACAGCUGACGGAAUCGUCGCUAAUCUCGAGCAACGGACAGCGGCGUCAGUUGAACCUGAAGGAGACCUUGUCCCGACUCCGGCACUACAAUUUAAAGUUUCGCACGGAUGCGUUGCGCAAUGUGCGAGAUGCCGUUAAGCUGGGAGAGGCGGAACAUCUCGUUGGGCAUCUGAAUGAGCUGUUCCAGGGCAUUGCCGGUGGCGCCUUGGACAUGGAGCGGGAUGUGCGACGUGAGGCAUUCAAAACGCUGGAUGUGCUGCUGGAGGCGCUGUCCACACAGGCGGUAGUGCCCUUCUUUCACAUCAUUGCGGCGUAUUUGCGUUGUGCCAUGACGCAUGUGCAGCCGGCAAUACAGGAGGAUUCGCUGCUGCUGCUGGACGUGCUGCUGCAACGUGUGCCAUCGAGUAUGCUGGCGGAACGCAGUGCGUCCACCAUCAUUGGUCACUUCAUCGAUAUGAUAUCGCGCACACGCCACGACACACAGCACACAAAUCGCCUGCUAACUGUGAGAAUGGGCCAGGGACAAGGACAACAGACGACCAUCAAGUGGCGCACAAAGGUGCUGCUGCGUCUGCAGCAGAUCCUGGGCACAUUGCUGCAGCAGCACAACAGUGGGAGUGGCAGUGGCAGUGACGCCCAUUCCCAGUCGAGGACAAUUCACUUUGACAAGCAGACGCCACAGUUUUAUAAUGUGCUGUGUCCACUGCGUGUGGACAGUCGUGGUUUGCAUGCUCUGCUGGGCGAGCGCCUGCGUCAGGCGGAUGAUCAGCAGCUGCGUGGUUAUGUGGAGCAGCUGAUGCCGCUGCUGCAGGACAACUGGCUGGAGGUGCGACCGCAACAGCAGCCACAACAACAACAACAGCAGCAGCAGCAACUGCUGCUCUCUGUGGAUGCAGCUGAGAGUCUGCAUGUGCUGCUGGACAUCAUGACACAGCUGUGGCAGCUGGUGCAUCAAUACGAGUCCGUGCAGCAGGAGCACACACGACACUUGAGCAACUGGAUGCGUCAAACUUAUGCCAGCAGUUUUAUGCGACACUUUGUCAAGGAUUGCAGCUAUCCAUAUCAAAGGAUUCCCCAGCUGACUCAGCCAACUCCUGACAAGAAGCAGAAGAGAAAGAGAAGCAAACUGAAUGCCUCGCAAGGAGAACUGUGCAUUGCCCAGAAUCUGAGUCUGGUGCAGCUCGUCUGUCACUUCUACCCAGAACCGGAGGAGCAACAACGCGAUGACUACAGUUCCCUCCUGAUGUAUAUUAACCAAUGUCUGCGACAGCUGCACAGCGUGUCGCCGGAUGAGCAACUGCGUCUGGUGGCCGCAUUGCGUGCCUUGUUGCUGGACAAUGGCGACAAGCUGCUGCAGUUGCAGCCCCAUCAAAUGGGCAGCGUGAUGAGCAACUGCAUCGAGGCGUAUGUGGCACAACACUAUACAACACGCGAGGGUGUUGCCACACGUGUCCUCAAUCUAUUGUGCCUCGUUGUGCAGCGCAGGGAACUCUAUGAUGGCUACGGGGGCGAGGCACAGUUUGCCACAUUCCUCAACUAUCUGCCACAGUUGCUGCUGAAGCCAAGUGUGGCAGAUGCCACAUUGACGGCCAUGUCAACACUCUGCCGCCAACAGAAUGGCGUCUUCAUGUCCGCUCUGGCGGAGAAUGCUGUCCAGGUGCUGGCCAACUUGGAGCAGCUUCAGGUCACUGGCGACGCCAGCAAUGAUGACAAUCGCCGAUUCGAGAACCAGAAACGCAUCCUCAAUCUAUUUUAUUAUGCCCGUCAGAAGAGUGAUUCCAGCAGACUGCAGGCAGCUCUAAAGCAUCUGGAGGAGCACUCUUCCGAGCGCAUUGCCAGCUACUUCAAGUGCCUGCUAAGCUAUGACUAAAAGCUGUAGGGGAUUACCCGUUUUAAAGUCAGCAGCUAAACAGAUCUAAGCUCUUAAAUACAUACUAUAAACUAGGAAAUGUUGUUUUUAAUAAACUUUUAGAAUAACUAAAGUCAAA